AUGGCUUUCAAAGGAAUGGGUUUCUUGGUGGUAAUCUUGUUGAGCUUUUGUUACGUUUUGUUUAGCCCGGAAAAUGCAAGUGCGGCUACUUUGGACGUAACAUCUUAUGGUGCAAAAGGCGAUGGGACUACAGACGACUCUCAAGCAUUCCUUCAAGCAUGGGCUGACUUAUGUGGUGAUGCUUCUGGAGACCCAACGUUAAUCAUACCAUCAGGCAUGACAUUUUUAAUAAGCCCGCUGAAAUUCGUUGGUUCGUCAUGCAAAUCCCCUAAUAUAAAUAUCAAGGCUUUACAUUUUAUCGGGUGCCCGGGUCUUCGUCUGAAAGACACAACACAUAUUAACAGCCCAUCUCUUCAUAUUAGUAUUAAGGAAUGCCAAGAUGCUGAUAUCGGAAAUCUUCAAAUCAUAGCACCCGAAAACAGCCCCAAUACUGAUGGGAUUGACAUCAGUGCUUCCUCACAUGUUAAUAUCCAUGACUCUAGUAUUCAAACUGGUGACGAUUGUGUGGCUAUCAAUGGUGGCGUUGUUGAUAUUAAUGUGACAAAUGUGUUCUGUGGACCUGGUCAUGGCAUAAGCAUCGGAAGCCUUGGGGAAAAUGGGGGUCAUGACACCGUUGAACAAGUACUAGUACAAAACUGUAACAUCACAGGAACGAAAAAUGGAUUACGAAUCAAGACAGUACCGAAUGGGACCGGGUAUGCUAAGGGGAUCCGAUUUCAGGACAUUAAUCUUGUUAAUGUCAAAAAUCCAAUCAUAAUUGAUCAACAUUACUGCCCCCAUUCUGAAAAUCCAUCGGAAUUAGAAGCAGUACAAGUGAGCGACGUGACAUAUACGAAUAUAUACGGAUCUUCAGCAUCAAAGCUUGGGAUUAUUUUCAAUUGCAGUGAGAUACACAAAUGCACUAAUAUCGUGACAAACAACAUACAUAUUACUGGAGGUGAAGAUCUUGCUUACUGCAAAAACACUCAAGGAGAAUUUGUUGAUACCACUCCAAAUAUCAGCUGUGAUUAG